AUGCCCGAGAGAAUCACCCUCUACACUGCCAAGAUCUGCCCCUUCGCCCAGAGGGUUGAGAUCGCGCUCCAUGAGGCCAAGGCCCACCAUAAUGUCGAGCAGUUCCAGAUCGACCUCCAGAACAAGCCUGAGUGGUACGCGCCCAAGGUCAACCCGGCGAGCAAGGUCCCCGCCAUCGCCUACGGCGGCCCGCACGUACCCCCGGACCAGCCCUCCCCCGAGUCCAUAAAGCUCGCCGAGUCGCUCAUCCUCGUCGAGUUCGUCGCGGACCUCUUCCCGCACUCGCACCUCCUCCCGCACGACCCCGUGAAGCGCGCUCAGGCGCGCUUCUUCAUCGACGGCGUCUCGACCAAGUUCAUCCCCGCCUGGCACGCGUUCUCGCAGGGCAAGUCGUCCGAGGAGGACUUCCUCACGGCCGUCGAGCACCUCCAGGCGCUCCUGCCCGAGAGCGGGUUCGCGGUUGGGGCGUACUCGAUCGCGGACGUCGCGCUCACGCCGUUCCUCGGACGCGCGCGGGUGACGCUCAAGGAGGACUUGGGCGGGUACCCGAGGGGCGAGGGGCCGCGUGUGCUGGCGGUGCUUACUUCGGGCACCGGCCGGCUGGCGCGCUUUGGCAAGUAUGCCCAGGACCUGCUCGCCCGCGAGAGUUUCCAGGCUACGUUCGAUGAGGCCUACAUCACCGAGAGGUACAAGGCGCGCUUCGCUGACUUGCGCAAGUAA